GCCAGCCUCUCUGCGAUCUUGCUCAGCUUGCGACCAAUUGCCCCACGACUCUUCAUCGACACGAUCCAAACGCGACCGACGAGCACCAACGCCUACUACCCGAGCCCGGCCACCUACACGCUUCAAUCCCAACCUACACACGCGAAAAUGACCGGACGUGGAGGCGGUGGCGGUCGCAGAGUCCUGCUUCCUCCCAUCAACUUCAUCUUCAAGCUCCUCCAACAACACACUACGGUCCAAAUCUGGCUGUACGAGCAGCUGUCGAUCCGAAUUGAGGGCAAGAUUAGGGGUUUCGACGAGUUCAUGAACCUCGUCAUUGACGACGCGGUCGAAGUGAAGCAGGUGACCAAGACGAACCCCGAAGAGAAGAGGAAGCCGUUGGGACAAAUAUUGUUGAAGGGCGACAACGUGUCGCUGAUCCAAAGUUUAUCGAGCUAGAGAAACGACUCGAGUUUAAAGAGGAUGACGCCACGACGGCGAAGCACGCUCUGGGGCGACUGCA